CAUCAUCACGCGACGGAAACGCGCCCAGCUGCAGCAUCAACACACACAUGUGUGAGUGAGUCCUUCAGACUGCUGUGCUGUACAGAAACUAACAGAACAUUCCCGUGAUAUUUUUGACUUCAUUGAGCUGAUAUCAUGAGCCGCUCCUCGUAGGCGCUCGCGGUGUUUAUUAUGCUCGCGCGCCUCCGCUGCGCUUUCCUCACACACAGACUGAGAGUCUCUGAAGAGACUCUGCUGAUGCAGAGACCGAUGUCACACUCCUCCGGGAAGACCAGACCACCGAAAGACACGCUGCGACAUGUGAAGACGAGGGACAACCGCAGGCAGGGCGAGCUGCACGGGCCGUCCACCGUAUAUGUGCAGGUCGCGGGCGCGGGGAGUCGCGAUAACGGCGCGUCACUGUACGUCUUCUCCGAGUACAACAGGUAUUUGUUCAACUGUGGUGAAGGAACUCAGAGACUGAUGCAGGAACACAAGAUGAAAAUCGCUCGCUUGGACAACAUCUUCCUCACCAGGAUGAGCUGGGAGACGGUCGGCGGUUUAUCCGGGAUGAUCCUGACCCUCAAAGACACGGGAGUGCGUCAGUGUGUCCUGUCGGGACCGCCACAGCUGGAGAAAUACUUACAGGCCAUACGAGUGUUUUCAGGACCGCUGGAAGACAUUAAACUCGCGGUCAGGCCGUACACUGAUCCUCAAUAUAAAGACAACACCAUGACCGUCAGCCAGGUUCCUCUCUUAUCGGAGCGUAAGGAGGCCGGCGGAGGUUCCCCAAGCUCGGUGCGCAGCUGCAGUCCUAACAGUGGUCAGAAGGGGGCGCUCGGGAGACCGGAGGACCAGGAGGAGAGUCCGAGUCUGAACGCCAGUAGAAGAUCACCCAGUCCAGAAGGAAAUCUCACCAGAGAUCCAUCUCUCGUGGUGGCCUACGUGUGUAAGUUACACUCCAGGAAAGGGAACUUUCUGGUGCUGAAAGCUAAAGAGAUGGGCCUGCCGGUAGGAACCGCAGCCAUCGGGCCCAUAAUCGAGGCUCUGAAAGCUGGGAAAAGUGUCACCCACGAUGGAAAAGAGAUCCGACCGGAGGAGCUGUGCACUCCGGCUGAUCCCGGACCUGUGUUCAUGGUGGUCGACUGUCCGUCAGAGGACUUCAUUCAGCCGCUUUGCACCAAUCACGUCCUGCAAAGGUAUCAGAGCGGUGGAUCUGAGGACUCGGCGGCUCUCGUGGUCCACAUGACGCCGGAGUCGGUGUUGAACUCGGAUCAGUACAAGAGCUGGAUGGAGAGGUUUCCCAGCAGCACGGAGCAUCUGCUGAUGAACGAGCAGACGUUCACGCCUCACAACGCCCGCAGUCUCAAACUCCAGACGCAGCUCAACCUCAUCCAUCCUGAGAUCUUCCCUCCGCUCAAACUCUACAAGAGCCAAGAUCCUGAGGCGUCUCUAAGCGUCCCCAGCGUCAGAGCCGAGUGUCUGCUCAAGUUUCAGCUUCGGCCCAAACUGGAGUGGCAACGAGAUGCCAUCCUGUCCUGCGACUCCGAGGAGUUUGCGAAGGAAGCCGCCGAAGUGCCAAACUUUCUGGAGGAAGUUGAGGAGUGCAGGAAGUUCCAGGCGGCUGCGUCCGUCUCCACAUCUGGUGAGAGGUUUCCUGAGAUCGUGUUUUUGGGCACCGGCUCGUCCCUGCCGAUGAAGAUCAGAAACGUCAGUGGAACUUUAGUGAACAUCAGCCCCUCUCAGUCGCUGCUGUUGGAUUGUGGGGAGGGAACGUUCGGUCAGUUGUGUCGUCAUUAUGGCAAUGAUGUGGACGAGAUCCUCUCCAAACUCUCCACCAUCUUUGUGUCGCACCUGCACGCAGACCAUCACACGGGUUUGAUCCAGCUGUUAUUGGAGCGAGAGAGAGCUCUGACGAGUCUCGGUGAAGCGCUCAGUCCCGUGUUCCUGAUCGCACCGGUGCAGAUCAUGACGUGGCUGAACCAGUACCACGACCACUGCCAGCAGAUCCUCAGCCAGAUCAAUAUCAUCCCAUCAAAGUAUUUAUUUGACGGUGCCGAGAUCCCCAAAGUCAGGACCAAAUCCUUCAUCCAGACUGUCCUGAAGAAGAAUGACCUGGUCAAGUUUCAGACGUGUUAUGUUCGUCACUGUAAGAACGCGUUUGCCUGCAGUUUGACGCAUCAGUCCGGCUGGCAGCUCGUGUUCUCUGGAGACACCAUGCCCUGCGAAGCCCUCGCCAAUAUCGGCAAGAAUGCCACACUUUUGAUUCAUGAAGCCACACUGGAGGAUGGGAUGGAAGAAGAGGCGUUAGAGAAGAGACACAGCACCACGUCUCAGGCUAUUGGCGUGGGGAUGAAGAUGAACGCCGAAUUCAUCGUGUUGAAUCACUUCAGUCAGCGGUACGCCAAGAUCCCUCUCUUCAGCGACGACUUCAACAGCAAAGUGGGAAUCUCGUUUGACCACAUGAGGAUUCGAUUUGGAGAUUUCCAGAUGCUUCCGCGCCUCAUCCGGCCUCUGAAGGCAUUGUUUGCGGAGGAAAUUGAAGAGAUGGAGGAGAGGAGAGAAAGGAGAGAGAUGAAGAAGAGCAGCGAGCCUUCGUCUAACGGAGAAGAGACGAGCCGAGGUGCCAAGAGAGAGCAAGAUGACCUCAACCAAGAAGCAGCCGUCAAACGACUCAAGGCGAACUGAUGGCCGAUCACUCGGGCUGAGGGUUACAUCAACCCAACCUAUCAGGAGACAGAACCAGUCGGCUAUGAACUUAAAACGUAUAUCAUAAAAUCCAUGUUGGCUAGGAGUCCAGCUGGGUGUGAUUAAAGCAGCUGGAGAUUAAUCCGAGUUACUGACUGCGAUCAGAAGUGAAAUCUGUCCCGCUGCUAUCGAUUCUGCUUCAGGCAUGACCAUGGGAAACAAGUGGUGGGAAAGUACACUACCUUAGAUUUGUUUUGGAAUGUUUGCCAUUUUAAUUUAAUCCUGAAACAGAAACUUUUCAGCACUGAAGAAAGACAUUACGUUUGUUGUUUUCGUGAAUUUCACUUCAGUUUGAAUCAAUUUCUUUUUUUGCGAGUAAACAGUGCGAGUGCAGUGGUGUGUGUGUGUGAAAAAGGCACUUAUACGUUUCAUUUUCUCCACGUAAUUUUAUUUUAUGCACAUGAAAUGGCUGAUCCGCUUAGGCUUUUCUAAUUAUUUUAGGGAAAUAAACAUAAACCUGGAUAA